AUGGCACGAUUUAGACCGUCGUUGGUUCUGCUGUUGUGCUGCGCCGUCUUGGUUCAGCGCUCAUUCGCUAAGCCGGAGUUUGGCUCAGCCGGUACGGUGCAGUCGAGUUUAACCAUCAAAAACACAGUCAACUCGAUCACCCCUUUGCUUAUCGCGGUCGACGACAAAAAUGGUCUCGUAGUGCAAACGGAUUAUCCAAUGUUCCUUCAAGUGCUACCAUUAAUGGAGUCCCUCGGUACCAAAGUGACGGAGUUGGGUCCCCCGGUAAUGAAUGCCAUCAUCGCGGGCAUACCAAAAGCCGACGGAAACUAUAACGCCGUGUUUGAUCCGAUUGUUGCCGCCAUCGCUGCGUUUAGAAGCUUUCUCACCGGGGAAGCGACCACCACACGUGCCACCCUGAAAACAAUGCUCGGCAAUGAUAUAGACCAUCUUUUUGGUGAUGUUUUCGGCAACAUGGGCAAUGCACUUACACAGGUGGAAAACUCUUUGCUGCGCUUGAAGAAUGCUCUUCGUACUGCCGUCAUCAGGAGCGGUCGGGCUCAGAUUGAUCCGGCCAUCGUAACCGAUGUAGUUGUCGCGGCCAGCUUCUUCAAGGCGACCGUACCGCCGGUGGAGUACACCAUCCAGUCCACCAUCGAUAACAUCAUGUAUGGUGAUAGUUUUCUUUUAGACCUGGAGAACAUGAACCUGGUGUUGAGGGAAAAUCUCCAAACCUACACCACCCAAUUCGCCAAAGACGUCACGGACAAUGGUAACCUUAUUAAAGCGGCGUCGGAGAUGGUGAAAACCACGUACAAGACGAUAUCGGACGCGGUGCCUGGCGCCACGACGAAUUUACAGUCUUUGCCCGAAUACCAAAACGGUGUGUCCAAAGCGUUAAGCACAUACACGUCCGGCUACACGGCAUUAGGCGAGGUGCCCACCAAGAUUGAGAACCUAUUCUCAAACUACCUACAGGUUGCGAAUACGUACUUCACGCAGUACACAGAUGUGCUAGUGCCACGGUCCUACGACGCUGUCGUCUACCUGCUCAAAGUACUGGUUGCCGGUGGUCCACAUUCGCGGUUUUGCUUCUUCAAAUAUUCACCCCGGCUUACCAACUUCUAUGCACUGCUCGUGUCCGACGUGGAGGUUUGCUACAACAGAGAAACAUACCGACUUAUUCCCCUCGGAGAAAUUGCCCAUUCGUUCGGUAUACAGAUCCUUUACGAUCUGGAAGAUCUGAUCGACAACCUGACGGCGUGCAACAGUAAGGCCGACCCGGUCCCAUGUCUUACUGCGAUUGGCCCACUCUACAUAGCAUUGGCGGAAAAGACAUUGGCCAAGGCAAAUACACUGGUAAAACUGGUGAAAGCCGAGAGCACUGCCAGCGUCAACCGUUUGGGCAGUUGCGUUCUGACCAGCAGGUUAAAGAAUAUGCAAGCUCUCAUAUCAGCCGUCGCGGAUGUCGAAACGUGUCACACUCUGGGUCCACAGGAUCCAAACUAG